CUGGAAGCAGUGUGUGGAAACCCUGGUUCCCAGGCAGAGAAACUAAAAGCCAGGCUGGCCGAAAGUUGAGGAGCAAGCUAGAGUUAGGUGCUGGGUGGACCAGGCUCAGCAUCCUGCACCUUGGCUCUCUGGGACCCCUCUCUGCGGAUCUGAUGACUUUACGCAACGCAUCGGGACCUUACCCUGUGGCGGCUCGGGGUGGAGGCCGGGAUUUUGUUAGAAGAGCAAAGCAGUGAGGAUCCGACCCCCGUGCGAGGCUCUCCCAGCACAGGCUAUAAUUCCAUGUUUCCUGAAAUAACUACCAAGUAUUCAUCAGACAGCUACUGCCUUUAGCUGCCUUUUGUGUGAAUCUCAAGUGCUUCAUUACUCCCCCGCAGGUUUAGCACACUGGAAGCAUGGCUACAAGUGCCGUUCCCAGCGAAAACCUCCCCACGUACAAGCUGGUGGUGGUUGGAGAUGGUGGCGUGGGGAAGAGCGCUCUCACCAUUCAGUUUUUCCAGAAGAUUUUUGUGCCAGACUACGACCCAACUAUUGAAGACUCCUACCUGAAGCACACAGAAAUAGAUGGCCAGUGGGCAAUCCUUGAUGUUCUGGAUACCGCAGGCCAAGAGGAGUUCAGCGCGAUGCGGGAGCAGUACAUGAGGACUGGAGAUGGCUUCCUUAUAGUCUACUCAGUGACAGACAAGGCCAGCUUUGAGCACGUGGACCGCUUCCACCAGCUGAUCCUCAGAGUCAAAGACAGAGAAUCCUUUCCAAUGAUCUUGGUGGCGAACAAAGUUGAUCUAAUGCAUUUACGGAAAAUUACAAGAGAACAGGGAAGAGAAAUGGCAACAAAACAUAAUAUUCCGUAUAUAGAAACUAGUGCCAAGGACCCACCUUUAAAUGUUGACAAGGCCUUCCACGAUCUCGUUAGGGUAAUAAGGCAACAAAUCCCGGAGAAAAGCCAGAAGAAGAAGAAAAAAGCCAAAUGGCGAGGGGACCGAGCCACAGGCUCCCACAAACUCCAGUGUGCCAUUUUGUGACGGGAGCUCCCGGGAGCACCUUGGACGUCUCCCUCCUCCCCCUGACCCAUGGCGAGGUGCAGCGCGAGGCCCUGCUGGGCUCCCAGCGGCAGCUCUGGCUCAGAGGAGGCGGCUCGAGGGGUCCGGACCCCGGGGUGAUCGGCCGGAGGGGCUGUGCCUGGGGCGUCACAGGAGCCACGCUAACAGGAGGCAGAAGGAAGUGGCAGGACCUCGAUACUCGAACAUCCCCAGCUCCUUCCAGAGGCCUCCAUGGUGUUUGUUUAAAAAAAAAAGAAAAAAAAAAAAAAAGAAAGUGUUGGUUUUAUCUGCAAACAUUUCUCCUUGUGACCCGUUUAUGAACAGCCAUGAAUAGCCCCAUUUGGUACAGUCGUGAGUGUAUGUGUGGGGGAAGGGAAGGGGCUUUUCUUUUCUUUUCUUUUCUUUCCCCUUGUCCUCUUCUUUUUCGUUGUUUGCUCAGCAAGCAUUGGGUUGCAAAGAAACAUGGCUGGGGUUAGAUUUUUUGCACUGAACUCUCUCCUAUGCGGCAGUGCCAAAACACGACUUCAUAUGAAAGUGCAUAGAUUUGAAGGAAGAAAAUGAAUUCCAGCUGCUCUGGGUGCUCCAGACAUUGUGUCAGACCCUGGAGGGCAGCCAGCUCACAGACCAUAAACUCCAGCUUAGGAAAGGAGGUUUGGGCUUGGAUAUUUUUUUUUUCUUACCCUUUGUCAAGAGGUUUUGUUUCUGUUUUGUAACUUGGGGCAUGUCAAACUUAAGAUGUUUUGUUAACCUGGAAGUAUUUAAAUUAAAGUAAUUUACAAAUGGAAGGGAAUGUCAUCUUUGGGGGAGGGGGAGAAGCAAAAAUUGAACUGAAUUUGUUUUCUGGGUGUUGAAUUUCUCCCUCAUAAAUGUGUGUAAAGUGGUGCGAUCUAAAUCCCUCGUUAAUAUUCCUUAACCUUUCCCUGCAAAGCCACUCUUGGGUAGAUGGAUUGUUUUGCUUUUCCCAGGCUCAUCUUGCUCAGAGACAAAAAAAAAAAAAAUCUGUUUAUAGGCUUUGGCUCAAUGUUUCUUCAUUUCUUCUCCCCUUCCUUGAGAGUUGAUGACUUGAAAGGAAGAGGUGUUUGUAAUAUGGCUCAAGUGGGAUGUGUCUCUUCAUAAGCUUCGUAUAUCUAAAACCUUUCACUGAAAACAGCAGAGACUAAAUAUCUUUAUGCUUUGCAAAGAGGCAAGGCAAAAAGAAAAAGAAAAAUCUGCAGCAAUUCAAGCUGCCAG